AGAUGUUUCAUGGAGGAAGGAGUAGAAGCCACAGUUGCAUAAAAUGAAUGAAUUUGGGUAUGAAACGUGGUUUUUAUUUCUCAAAAAAAUUCAUUUCCCCAUCAUGCAAAUAACAUAACAUGCAUUGCUUGGGUUAUUCUUUUUUCUAUGUGCCAUGUAAGCACAAUAGUUGCCAAGUGGGAGAGGCAGUUAUAAUAGUCAAAGGGCGCGUAGCAAAAGUAUUUGGAGCACUGCACUCUUCUCUCACACAACCAAAUUCUUUUGAUGGAUCAGAAAACCGUUUUUCCCAUUCAUUUCCUUUUAUAUUAAGCUUGUUGAAGCUGAAAAUCAACUACAAUUCCAUAAAUUCUGUAUUAUUUGAAGCCUUUUCAUCCCAUGGAUUGAAAAUAGCUCUUCAAUGGCGACGCACUGCAGCUGAGUUUUACCCAUCGACUUUGUUAUUACUUGCAGGUUUGUACCAAGACCAGAGCACAAGCGAUUCUAGCUGCAUUUUAGCUGUUUCAGAUAGGGUUUAAACUGCUAGAGGCCAACAUUAAAUUUGAACCUGAUAAAGAUGGAUUUUGGUGAGAAUAUGGAGUCAAAUGUUGAGUUUCACAUAAAAGAUGAAGCAAAAAGGCUGCUUAAAGAGAUUGAACUGGUGAAGAAGAAUGUUGAGAACUCUAAGUUCUAUACGGGAAUGCGAUUGGAUCUCAAAGAGAAUGACACAAUCCAAAAAAAAAUAUUUGGCCUUUUAGGUUCCUCUAAAAAGUUUCAGGUGGUAAUCUAUGGUUUGGGAAGCACCGAAUACAGUUUUCGUUCCCAAUUUCAGCUUGCUGUAGCUCUCCUACUAAAACAAGAUUUUCCCAAUUGGAUUGACAAUAUAGAAAUAUAUGAUCCCUGCAUGUCUCCAGCUGAUAUCAUAGUGUUCAAAAAACUAGGUCUUGAGGUUCUCACCGUUGAUGAAAAUUGUAAAAGGACAGCUCAGAGACCAACAAUAUUCUACAUGCCUAAUCCUUAUUUUUAUCUUGUUGGCAACCUGUUGGGAGCAAAUUGGUCUUCAUCUUGUCUUAACCAGAUCUGUUUGCUGACAAACUCAUUUCGCACUAUGUUGUCCGAAAUGCCACAAGCUAGUCAAAAUCUAGAAACAAGACUACGCUUACUGGAAGUUCUCGACUUCACAACUGAGAUUGACAUAAAAACUAGUGACAGUCAGAUGUAUGCUAAUUUGUUCUCAACAGAGAUUGCCUGGCAUUUCUUUGAUGUGGAUCCCAAGAUUGACAUUGACAAACCGGAAUGGUAUUGGUUGUACAUGCAAAGGUAUCUUGAAGACGUAUUUUUGGAAGAUAUGGGAAAGGAUCAUUUGACUGGAACGCAAUUUGCAAAUAUUUUUGGUGUUGAGCGUGGGCCUCGUCGUUUAAGAUGCAACAAGGUUCCUCAUCCUCCAGGUUGGAUUAAGCUAAACAUCUGUGGAAUUGGUACAAAGGGUGAUCAGAUAGGGCGAUGUAGCGGCAUCUUCAAAGAUGAAAAAGGGAAGUGUUUUGAUAUGUAUAAGGGUGACAUUGAUGUUGAAGACAAUGUGAUUGCUGGAAUAGAGGCCUUGAAGCUUGGGUUGGCCAGAUGCGUGGAAGGAAGGACAAAUGCAGAGAAAUUGAUUGUGGAGUCCGAUAAUGUUAUACUUGUCCAAUAUGUUAAUGGUCGCCCUGAGCCAAAUGAAACGACCAUGCACAAGUUGACGGAAGUUUUUGACUUGCUGAAAUGUAUAACUUGUGCAGUUUACCAUAUCUAUGAAGAAGCCAAUGAAGCUGCUAGAGACUUGGUUCUGAGCGCUGAAUGUCCCAAUAGUGCAUAGAUAGCUUUAUUUUUUUACUCAAAAGGGUUAAGGUGAAUAUUUCUAGGUCGAACUGAGGCUUCAAAUUCAAUAUGCAUUUUAUGGCAACUGAUGUUUUUACCAGAAUUUGUCUAAGGUUGGAGACACUUGAAUUACUUGCUAGACUUUGCUUAAUUGUGCUUUUGAAUGUUUACCAGGAUUUGUCAAA